AGCAUCGAUAGACGCAAGCAAAUGGAAUAUACCUAGCGGAAUAGAGUUAGCAGAUCCAAAUAUUCUGCAGGAUGAAACCGUCGAUUUAGUGCUAGGAGCAGAAUCAUUUUUUGAAUUCUUUUCGAGCGACCGACGUAUACGAUUGGGGGAGAACUUACCAUCAUUGGUCGACUCAGUCUUUGGAUGGGUGGUUACAGGACGAUAUUCAGUGGAUGGCCCUAUUAAAUCUGUCUUGUGUGAUGUUGCGCUUACGAGUCGAUUAGACGAUAUGUUGGAGAAGUUCUGGGAAUGCGAGGAGGUUGACUUGGGAAGUAACUACUCUCCGGAAGAGGCAAGAUGCGAGGAUUAUUUCAAACAAACAACCCAGAGAGAAUCCUCAGGUCGGUAUAUAGUGUCUUACCCCAAAGAUGACGAAAUGGUAGCCAGGUUGGGCGAGUCUAGAGUCAUUGCAGAAAGAAGAUUCUUGCAGUUAGAAAGGCGGCUAGCUCGGGAUACAGGUCUGCGAGAGCAGUAUAUAUUGUUUAUGCAAGAGUACGAGACGUUGGGUCAUAUGAAAUUGGUUUCCCAGGAAGAAGGUAAGGACGUCGCUCGCUGUUUUCUUCCACACCAUCCAGUUGUGAAGAACGAAAGUACCACAACCAAGGUGAGGGUGGUAUUUGACGCCUCGGCCAAAACUACCUCCGGCAUUUCUCUGAACGAUAGUUUAUGUGUUGGCCCGGUCAUUCAAGAGGAUCUUCGUUCGAUUAUUUUACGCUGUCGUACUCGCCAAGUAAUGUUAGUUGCCGACAUAGAGAAAAUGUUUCGGCAGGUUGUCAUUUGCCCUCAAGACAGACACCUUCAAUCUAUUCUAUGGCGCACCUCACCCGACGCUCUGUUGUCGACGUAUGAGCUUUCGACGAUUACUUAUGGUACCAAACCCGCACCGUUUCUUGCGACAAGAACUUUGGUGCAACUGGCUAAGGAUGAGGCAGUUCGGUUCCCGUUGGCUUCGGUUGCUAUUCAAGAGGACUUUUAUAUGGAUGAUGCCAUUACCGGAACCGACGAUCCUGACACAGCAAGGGAGUUGAGGAUUCAGCUGCAAGAGAUGCUAAACUGUGGUGGUUUUAGAUUACGAAAAUUCGCAUCCAACUGUAAAACAGUAUUGGAAGGACUUGCCGAAAAGGAACUUUCGAUUCAAGCAGCAGAUGGAAUCAGUUUGGAUACCGACCCUAUGGUUAAGACAUUGGGAUUAAUUUGGAUGCCCCAUACGGAUGUCUUUCGGUUCAAAUUCCAGACAACACCACUUGUGCCGGAUGACCAGCUGACAAAAAGGAAGGUUUUGUCAAUAAUCGCCACCCUGUUUGACCCUCUCGGGCUCAUUGGAGCAGUAAUUACUCGUGCCAAAAUUUUCAUGCAGCUGCUCUGGCGAUUGGAGGAUGAGAAAGGGGCCCAAUUGUCCUGGGACUCACCACUGCCUACAAACGUUAGCGAUGAAUGGAUACGAUUCCACCAACAGAUACCAUUACUCAAUAACCUUCAUAUUGAACGGCUCGUGGUGUUGGAGAAAGCAAAAUCAACUCAAAUUCACAUAUUUUCGGAUGCGUCGGAAAAGGCCUACGGAGCUUGUGCUUACGUCAGGACCGAAGACUCGUUAGGAAGGAUUAAGGUUGCCUUAUUAUCAUCGAAAUCACGAGUCUCACCGUUAAAAACACAAUCUAUUCCUAAAUUAGAGCUAUGUGGUGCUUUGUUGGCUGCGGAGUUAUAUUCGAAAGUGAGGAAAUCCAUCAGAUGCCCGGCUGACGUUUUCUUUUGGACUGAUUCUUCCACGGUUCUACGUUGGCUGCUUGCAUCGCCCUCGAUUUGGACAACCUUUGUGGCGAAUCGGGUGUCCAAGAUACAAUCACUCACGGAGAACUGCCAGUGGAACCACGUGCCCGGCGAGCACAAUCCUGCCGAUCUAAUUUCGAGAGGAAUUUCCCCUGAAGAUAUCCUAGACAAUCAUCUUUGGUGGAAGGGCUCAAGUUGGCUAUCUACGAGCUCAGAGAAUUGGCCCAGACAACAAGUUUGGUCAUCGGAAGGUGUUGAGGAAGAGAGGAAGCGUAUCGUACUCGUGACAACUACCGUGAACACCAGCUUCAUCGAUUGGUACAUAUUACGAUUUUCUAGCUAUACAGUAAUGGUGCGACGAACGGCAUACUGGCUUCGUUUUUUGAGCAACCUACGGAUAACGGAGAAGGAAAGGCGACAGUUCGGUCCUCUAACGACAACGGAACUGCAAGGGGCAGAAUUUAGAAUUCUACAGAAGGUUCAGGCAGAAUCAUUCAGCAGCGAACUCAAGGCGCUAACCAACGGAGAGAGUAUGCCACGAUCAUCACCGUUACGUUGGUAUAAUCCAUUCAUUGCACCCAACGGUAUCUUGCGGGUAGGGGGGAGGUUAGGGCAAUCGAGAGAGUCUGAGGAUACAAAACACCCUAUCGUGCUUCCUGCAAGAAACAUGCUAACUAAACUUCUCAUGCGUCACUACCAUGCUAAAUUGAUGCAUGCCGGGCCACAAUUAAUGUUGAGUACCAUUCGGCUGCGGUAUUGGCCUCUUGGGGGAAGGAACGUAGCGAAAGCGGUAUGUCAUCAGUGCAUGCGGUGCUACCGCAUGAAACCAAAGGCGAUACAGCAAUUUAUGGCGGAAUUACCAGCACCCAGAGUAGCGGCAGCGAGACCCUUUUCGACGACAGGCGUCGACUAUUUCGGGCCCGUUUAUGUGCGACCAGGAUACCGACGAACAGCAGUGAAGGCGUAUGUGGCCGUGUUCGUUUGUUUCUCCACAAAGGCGACACAUCUGGAGUUGGUCACGGACUUGUCGACAGCACGUUUCAUCCAGGCAUUACGGAGGUUCAUAUCACGAAGGGGCAAAUGUGCUAAUCUGUGGUCUGACAAUGGCACCAACUUUGUGGGAGCGAGGAACCAGAUGAAGGAGCUUCUACAGAAUCUGAAAAACAAGGAGCAUCAUGAUGCGGUUGCGAAAGAGUGUGCGGACGUCGGAAUGCAAUGGAACUUCAUCCCACCCGGUGCUCCACAUUUUGGGGGCCUCUGGGAGGCUGCAGUACGAUCGGCGAAAACACAUCUGCUGAAGGUGUUAGGAGAUUCUGCGGCUUCUUACGAGGAUAUGGCAACACUACUUACCCAAGUGGAGUGUUGUUUGAAUUCGCGGCCACUAACCCAACUUUCGGAUGAUCCCAACGAUCUUCAACCACUGACUCCAGGACACUUCCUGGUCGGAACGGCCAUGCAAGCAGUACCAUCGGCGGACUACACUCAAACAGCGAUAGGGAGGCUAAAUCUGUGGGAGACAGUACAACGGAGACUUCAAGACUUUUGGAAACGAUGGAGGACCGAAUAUCUGGUCCAACUACAAGGAAGAACCAAGUGGUGGAAACCUCCUGUUGGCGUGAAGGAAGGCAGUUUGGUGGUGAUACGAGACGAUAACCUACCACCCACACGCUGGAGGAUGGCCCGAAUCAUCGAAACACACCCAGGUCCGGAUGGUGUGGUACGAGUGGUGUCUCUACGGACGGCGAACGGGAAGGUGGAAAGACCGGUAGAUAAAAUCUGCAUCCUACCGGUUGCAACUUCGACGGAAGAAGGAGAAACCGACCGAGACGACUGAUUUGUGAUCGGCUGAAACUCCGGUCAUUUCAGGGGGGCGAGGAUGUUGGUAACCAACCCUAUUAACAUUGUCAUCCCCUUGUGCUGAGUAAUGCAAAUUGGAUUGCUACCCAGCGGAGCUUCUGCUACCAACGGCUCAACAGCGCGGGAAAAUUAAUUGGCUUCACUACACAGCUUUACCUGCGGGAGAACGAAUCUGGCAGUGAUUAAACAAGCGUCGAGUGCGGAAGAAUUUAUGUUUAAAUGUAACUUACUAGUUUAGUUGUGUAAAAUAAAUAGUUAUUAUUAAAGUGUCGUUUGAGUCCAAGUGAGGUGUUAUACGUACUUUGGCCGAAAUUACACCUAAUCCCAGCGCACUUGGAAUAUUGCGCAUACCUAUCGGACCAUCAUCAUCUCGGUUCUCCCAUCAUCCGAUCGGAAGGCAGUUGACCAGAUCCGGGGACCCCACCGAGCUAUCGAACAACAACGUUAGCCACGAAACCUUUUGAUGAUCACUGGAAGUUGCAUUGCAGAUGUCCUUGAAAUUAUAUACAUCGCUGCAUAGGUCCGCACCAAUUGCAGCUGCUCUACCUCGCCGGAAUCGAGUUAGCCGAUGGUCCAGCCUGCGUCACACACGGCUGUCGCUGCACCAAUGGUAGCUCCCAACCAGGCACUUGGAUUAAUUGCUCAAAUCGCAGCUACUGCUGGUAGUGUAGCGAUCGGCUCCGUCGGUAAUACCGUUGGACAUACCCUCAUCGGAAUGUUCAGCGGUUCCGAUUUACAAGAGGCAGCCUCGCUAGGACAGGCUGCCCCGGUAUCGGGCGAGGCAAACACUCCGGCAGGACCAUGCUCGUGGGAGAUCAAGCAGUUAUCAUUUUGUACCCAAGGCCAGGCCUAGUGUGAUUCGUAACAAUUACCAAAUUUAGAAGUUCAUAUACAUAAUGUUCACGUGAUUCUUUUUUGACAUUAAAAAUGUCUUACUCCACUAUCUGGGGCUAGGUGUCAUUCUAAAAUCUAAACUAUCUCCCAUGUAACGAAACUAUUUUUCCCAAUUGUAGAUAGUAAAAUUAAAGUCGUUCCUAGCAAACAAUCGUGCAUUCUGUUGGUUAAUUUGAUCUGCAUAGUAUCAGUGAGUAGUUGAGGGAUAUAACAAUAUAAACAUUCGCGAUAUUCUAAUCUGCAUCUGUUUCUCAUGCUGAAUUAUCGAUAUAUCGUUUUGCAUCACCUGCUAUUUGUGACCAACGUGUAUUUGUUCCUGCUAUCCAACAAUUCGCUCGUUCAAAGGCAACAAACGGAGGAUAGCGAAUCGCUACCGGAACCAACGCAAAUUCUGCUGAUCGAUCGUGUCAAUUGUGCUUAACAACGAAUCGCUAUACUCCGGGCUGAUCGUGGUCCGGCACAAGAUGCUAUACCGGAUCUACGCUUGCACGGGAAAUUGUAACAUACCGAAACCGAGUGAGGGGGAAGAUGCAUCAAACGGUGCGGUAUCGUCCCCACUGGGCUACCGACCAACGUGUAAUUGUUCCUGCUGUCUGAAAAGUCGACCGGACUCGCUCGAUCAAGUACCAAACGGGAUACUGAGUCGCUACCGGAAGCGACACCAAUUCCGCUGAAAUCUAUCGUUUGUGUGUUACCACGAACUGCUAUACUCCGCGCUGAUCGUGCUCCGGAACGAAAUGCUAUACCGGUUCUACGCUUGCAUGGGAAUUUUAAUCGUACCGAAACGGUAAGAGUCAAUGUCCAUCUGCUUCCAGUGUGCGGCAAUGAGAUUUCAGCUCGCCGGAUACACCACGGCCGCAGCUGCUUGUAGCAGGUGAAUUUGCUCAACACCACAUUACGUUUAAAAGCGACCCAGACCGCCCGAAAUGUCACCUGAUUUGCUCUCUGAACGCGUUGCUCAUCCAGAGUUGCUUAUUUUGGCUAUUCGCAACUAACCUACACUGGAUACAAGUCGUUCCUGCAUCCGCCACCCGUGGACGCGCUCGAUGGCUCUCAACUGAGUUUGUGUAUGUAUGUGCCAUUAGGAGCCUUGAGGACAACCAUAACAACUGGGUGACUAAACAGAACAGCGGGACAUUAUGAUUUAGAGCAACACACCACCGUUCUAUGAAUCGUUGGGGUUUGCACCAUGCGAUGUAGAAUAAUAUAGUCAAUGAGACAAAAUAA